AAAGUGAACGUUUCAUGUGGUCGUGUCUUUUUUCGGUAAAAUCGUUGAGAGUAAUAUUCUGUCUUUCAUCUGUCUACUAAGGCCCAAAUAUGGCCACUACGCCAGUAAAACGUAAUGUUAAUAAACCGGUAGCAAACGGAACAGACACCGCGUCGAUUGUGUCGAAAGCUUUUACACAGGACGCCGAAUGGACGGACAAGGACGAGUUUCUUGAUGUGGUAUACUGGUUGCGACAGAUCCUCGGUGUUGUAAUUGGAUUGAUCUGGGGACUUAUACCUCUGAAGGGGAUUCUUGGUCUUGGACUCUUUUUCAUCAUCAACGUGGCCAUCGUCUACAUCUACUACAACAGCUUUCAGAGGGUCGAUGAGGAGGAGUAUGGAGGAGCAUCAGAGAUUUUAAAAGAAGGAUUAAUGACUUCAUUUUCUUCAUUUUUGGUGUCAUGGAUCAUACUGUACUCCUCCCUCCACACGGACUCCUAGCACCGAGCGACCACGGCUUCAUACCAUCCUACAACACAGCCAGGCUCACAAGCAGCAGCCACACUGAUGCUUCUCAUUUCAUCAACAUGUAAAUUUACAGUUAAAUAUAAACAGAAUCUGUACAUUUGGAAUACUGUCAGCUAGUUAAUGGUUAUACUAGCAUACUGACGUACUUAGUUAACGGUCAUAAUGAUAACAUAAGUUUAUGAACAUACAAACUGAUUGAGAAGUACAUUCUUAAAUUAGUUAAAAUGCUUAAGGGUUAAUGGUUGUAUAAUUUUCAGAUAUUUUAAAUAGUUUGUGAUUUCUUGUACAGGUUUACGACGGUUGAUUGGGGAGUGGAUUCCAUGCUCUUUCUCUUCUCAGUUGCUUUUUUCACUUUUGUAGGAAAGGGGAUGUUGGCUGUGAAUAUUUAUUUGCUGAGUUGUGCAAUCUUGAUGUAACCAUAACUUAAGCCUUGUGUCAGCAUCCCCCUUCAUAAUAAGAUGGUGGUAGCGUAGCCUAGAGGCUGAAGCGUCCGCUCAUCAAACUGAAAACCCGGGUUUAAUUCCUCACAUGGGUACAAUGUGAAGCCCAUUUCUGGUGUCCCCCGCUGCGAUAUUGCUGGAAUAUUGCUAAAAGUGGCGUAAAACCAUAUUCACUCAUAAUCAGAACCAGUAAUUUAAAGACAGUCCCUGUCCACACAGAAACAGUGUCUCGGUCACUCCAUGCGGUACACAGGUUAAACAACCAGGAGUGUUGUCAGAUGUCAGUGACUAUGAUGGACUGUUUGACCAGUGUGAACAAAAGCUGAAAAUAUGUGCCAGUGCAAUGCAACAUUUAACUCUGACACAAAGUUUAUUGUUUAUUGAUCAAAUUUAAUUUAAUUUUGGGGAAUAACUGAUCAUAUUGUGUCUGUAUAAAGCAGGUGGUUAACUUACUGAUGCAGGGUACCACAAAGCAAUCCUAGCUCCAUGACUAAGCCAAUGCUAUAGUAUGUUAAGUACAGUCACUGUGGCACUAUGGAGUGUCACCUGAUCACUAUUUAAUUUUAACUGUACUCAGUCAUACAGUGUCAUGGUGUGUUUGUAUUAUCCUGUUUAACCCAAAAAAUUAUUUUUGGAAGAAAGAAAAAAAAGGUUUCCUUCAUGUAAUCACAGAAAGCCAUAAAUUGAAGGACAAUUUCAUUAGUUUCGUGGAAUACAAUAAUAUCCUGUUUCUCGUUGUUUCCAAUAAAUUUGUUAAUUUGA